AUGCCAUCGACGCAAUCCGGUGACCGUCCUAUGACGCCGGUGAAGGUUCGUGGGAAAAAACGACAUCGCGGAGAUGGGAGCCAUGCCACAGACAAGGGGCGGCCCGGACCAAUUUCAACAAGGGCCAACAGCGACGGCACAGGCCGUUUGCCUAUACCCUCAAAAGAUACGAUCAUUAAACCAAAAUUUCGGACGCAAUUUGCCACUAUAAAUAAAAUAAACUCCCGAAGAAGUUCAUUACAAUCGCUGCCCACGGAAAUCUUGGAGCAGAUAUUUUUCGACUGCCUAGAAAUAAAUCUACUCCACGUAUUUCCAAGGCUUGCAUUUGCGGUGUCUAAUGAAUGUAUAUAUUCCCGUAUAACUAUGCUUGCCAUUUGGAAGGAACCAAUCUCAAAACACCAUAUAGGGGAUAAAGCUACCGAUAUCGAGUUAGCUGGUCUUGAACUAGUGGAUGAAGCAAUGGAUGGGGCGGCCAGGCCCCCCUUGGAACUUGGAAAGAAGGAAAUAAUGAAAGAAUUUCGUCCGGUUGGGUAUCGAAAAUUAUCUAGGACAGAAAAAGCGAGACUACAGUCCCAAAUUUUCAGCUGUCGAUGGGCUACUCUUGAACUUAUCAGCUCCUGUGUUGUUAAAUGCAAUGAGCUACAACAACUUCUAAUCCACGGUUACGAGUCACAGAGAAAUGUGCCCGAUCUGAUCAACAUUUUAAGGGCACUAGAAAGUAACUUGCUCUGGUCAUACCCACACAGCCUCGACUUUAAGGAAAAUACUGCUCUACGGACAUCAUUGCACUACCAUAAUAUAAAAACCAUGGUUCCUUACAGGAUGUCUCAAAAUGCAGCCUGUAUCUUCUCCAUCCCUGAAAAAGCAAUAGAUAAGAGGCCUUGGACCCCUCGAAAACUGGAGUUAUUCAGAUUACUUCGCCUCCUACUCUAUCAAGGAACAAACUCAGUUCCCAAUCAGCCGUACCCACGAGAAGUUCUCCAUGAAGGCGUUCAUCAAGCUAUUAUCGAAAACCGAUCGGGAAUAGUGGAACGGCUGCUUGAGUUAGAUGAAUAUUGUGUUCGUUCCAUAGCAUUCUCGUUCAAGGGUGUACCUAAGAAUGCCGGCUACGAUAUUCCAUCAGAACAUUUCCUUACCGCUAUUCGCUAUUCCACAAUGCCGGAUAUGAUGAAAACACUGGUUCGUGCAAGCGCAGAGUCACUUCCGUUUGACAGUUCAGAAAUUACUCAAUGGGCACUUGAACGUGAGGAGCCAUCCUCUCCAUUUUAUAAAUGGCUCUUAGAACUUAUGGUUCAACUGCCGUCUUAUCAGAGACGUCACUCCUCCCGCCAGAGUCUGUUUGUCUGUGGAAUGCUCAACCUAUCACUGCAGUUGGGAGGUUCCAUAAAACCACACCGCUAUCUGAGAUAUGAUGUUACUUAUGAACCGUACAAGGAAGCAUGGUCCGAAGAGCCAUACGCAUGGCCUGUAGGUUUGUUUUACCUUGCGGACGAAGCUCCCAUCGAUAUUAGCGUGUUACAGCACCAAAGAUCAUAA